AGUUUUUCAUUUAUUGGCCACAGCUUUACUACUUUUCUCAUUGUAUUGGUCAACCACAUAGAGGAUUUUUAAUUUCAUGUCACUGUGGUCGAUUCCGACAAUCGUUGGUUUUUAUUCUAGGUAGUCGUACAAGAUAUGCAUCAUUUUUCACCCAUUUUUUGGUAAAGGACGAAAUUUAACAGUUCUAUGUGGUAUUGUAGCAUCAACAACAGUUGCUCUUGUUGUAACACUGGUACCAUGGUUUAAUACGCAAUUUAAAACUGUACCAGUUCAAGUUAAAUAUGUUAUGCCAGCACUUGGCUUUGGUGCAUUAUUAUUUACAUUAGAUGAACUAAGAAAAUUUUAUAUAAGAAAAUAUCCAAAAUCGAUUUUAGCUAAAAUAGCUUGGUAA